AUUUUAUCAGACUUCAUGUUACAUGUAGGUAAGCGUUCUUUUCAAACUACGUUAAUGCGUAGUUGCAGUAUUGUUGAAGUCGUAAUAAUCGUAGUAAUUUAUGUUAUUGUGUACUCUAAAUAAAAUAUCAUCGUUGAAAAAAUAUAGCCUCUAUUCUGGGAAUAACCUGCUCGUUGAUUGAUUUCAAGUGCAAACAUGGUUCUCUUCUCGUCUUAGCUUCGACUUUCCUAUCGACUUCCACCUGUCGAUGGAAUUAGACAAAGAGGCACGGGGAUCUGUGUAUCGACUGUGGGCGUGCGUAAUGACGAGGAUCUUCUCGAGGACGUGUACGAUGCGCCACUGACGGACUCCUGGACGACGAAAUGAAAAGGGUGGGACGAUAUCGAGAGAGGCAAUACCAGCUAGCUGCGCAGAAACAUAACCAGGCGUUGCUCAAGCACGAUUACUACCAACAAAUCGCGAGAUACUUCGAACGAGAGUGCCGAAUCGCCAAGCACUACGAUUCUUGGAAUUAUAGGAAUUUAGACCCUAAAGGUGAGCUCGAGAAGGCUAAAAAAGCGGAAAGGUUACAUGUCAGAAGGAACAAAUUGAGAAAUUUGUUGAAGGAGGAGGAUGAGACGUACAGAAGAGAAUUGGAGGAACGAAAAAGAGUAAAAAGCCGCGAGGAAGAAACGUCGUUAGAGGUUUUGAGGCAAAAAUUACGAGAGAAACGAGCAGAACAGAGUCUGUAUCUACCUAGAACUUGUCGAAGAUAUCAAUCUUACUUCGUCUGUCCCAACGAAUCGACCAAUACGGGUUGGGACACUCUCAGAGGUACCAAUCUUCAAUAUUCUCGUGCUUAUAGAGAUUCGAUAAACGUUGUCCGUCCAAUCGAUCAAAAUUUUCGUCGUAGAAGCUCGAAAAUGACCGAAGAUAGCAAUAAGACCUCUCACGAGCAAGAAAUUGUUCAAACGGAACCGGAACCUUUGCGCUAUCCUCCGUAUCCAGGAUAUUCGUACCAUGAACCUGGGAGACCUGUUUCCAAAUAUUCGGCCCGUUAUGCACAUAGAAGUUUAGAAAAUACUAACAUGAGAACUAACGAAUCUCACGAUAACCCAAGUAGUCCGUCUCCGGCUUCUGGUUCGCCAAAUAGAGAAAUUCCUCCUCGUGUAGAUGAUAAAGAGCCCACGAAAGAACUAGAUAACAAGCUAAACGAUUCUAAAGACGACACAUUAAGCGGAAGUUGUCCAUUCAGCCCAAAAGAUGAACAAUCCAAGAAUCUCGCUGAACAGGAUGAUAUUUCCAAUCAAAAUAUCGAUCAAGAUAAUGUGGAUACUUGUAAGGUAGAAAGCUCUAUAAACAAAUAUAAUAACGACAGAGAUCAAAACACAGAAAAGAAGGAUACUCGACAGUUCGAAGUUGAGAAAACCAUGCCAUGGUUGCGAAUGAUUCCCGAGGACAAGAAUCUCUCCAGGCAGAUGUUCCUUUACUUGACUCACAAGGAGCUGAAAUCCAAGAUCGAGGACAUCAAGAAGAGAGAGACGCACGCGUGCAACAAGCAGUGUUGGGACGAGGCUUUGCGACUGAGGGAUAUGAAGAAUAGGCUGGAACUAAUUCGCGAAAAGAGGAUGUAUCAUACGGAAAACCUCGAUUUGGACGAAGAAUCGAGAAAGUGGGGAUUCCUCAACAUCGAUAAGAGGGAAGCGGAACUUCUUCAACGAGAAAAAGUCUGUACAGAUUCAACGAUGUAUAGUGAAGAUGCAAAGGCCAUGUGGAAAAAAUGGGUGCACGAAGAUGAACAAUCUGCGAUCAAGGAGGCUCUGGUGCGAAGAGAAAAUUUGAUGGACAAAUUGGAAAAAGAAUGGCAGCGCCUUGCAAUUCAUGAGAAAGAAAAAAUCGCACAAUCGUACCAGAUUGUAACGAAUGAUUCUGCUCUACAAGAGGUGCCUAAACUAGCUGCAACUGUUAACGCGGCUAAAACGAAAUCGGUCUCCAGUUCCUUGAAUUAGACCAUAAAUCGUAUUUUACAUUUUCUCGUAGUUCAUGAUUUUCUGCCUACAGUGACAAAUACUGUUGGGUAUAUUUGAAGAAAAUUUAGAGAUCUGAUUCAAUUAUAGUAAACUAUAGAUAAAAAGAUAAAAAUACAAAAAAAUAAGAUAAAGAGGAAAGAGAUAUGUCUAACAGUUGUAAACUGUUAGACAUUAUUGAAGACUGAUUAUAUUCUUAUUAAAUUCCUGUUUCAUUAAAAAAAGUAUUACGUAUAUUGAAAUUGUGCCUAAUGAUUUCAUGUAUUUUUCAAUAUUUUAAGUGGUUAUUUGUAAAAUUAGACGGUAUAGAACCAUUACAUAUUUGUAAAAGUUACAUAUUUAAUUAAUGCAUUUUUAUUUCAAUUUUAGCAUUUCUAUUAUUUCUAGUCGUUUCUGUGUUGGGAAUAUCACAAUAUUGUUGUUACCUAUUACUCUUUACCGUCAAUUUCAAUUUAUUAUUCACAAAUAUUUAUGACGAUAUUUUACUAACGAGAUUACUGUACGUUGCAUUAAUUUCUUGGAAAUAAAAUGAACUUGGAAGUAA